UCAUCACUGCACUCAUGAUUCCUCACUCUAGUUAUUCAAGCUUCACCGUUUCCCGCUCUUGCUGGAUCAGCUAAACAGCAACCACUGGUUGAGUCACUGCAGACAGUCUCAUUUGAGCCGAAUAAAUUGCUUGCCGGCCUAAUUGUUGUCUCUGACCUCGGUUGCUUGACCGUCCUCACUGAGUUGUCCGACUGACGGUUUGCUUAGGUUUACUCAUAAAUUCGCCGCACCACUAGGGGGAUGUCCUGUGACCCUCCGUAGCCUAACCUUACUAGCACUGUGCGUGCGGAAUCAGUGAGCGGCGAAACGUUCUCGCUGGUUCGGAGGUGCUUUCAGGUUCGGAUUUUCAGGCUCGGGUUUCCAAGCUCGGAGCCCUGUGCGGCUGUGCCUGCAGCUGGUAGUUCUCGCCUGCACUCUGUCCGCCGUUGGGUGCGAGGCGCCUUAAACUGCGCUGUUCCGUCCGCGGCUAUUUAUCACGCCAUUAGAUCACUCCGCCAUUGUCGGCCGCCAUGGCGUCCGCCAUGCCGCAGUCGCUCUCCGCCAGGCGCGUGUGGUUCGACCAGUUCGUAUCGCCCGGCCGCGUGCUCACCGCGUCCGUGCUCGGACGACCAACAGAGAAGCUCGAAUCGCUUUACAAGAUCGGCGGAAAAUUAGGUCAGGGGCAGUUCGGAGUCACCUAUUUAUGCACGGAGCUCGCGACGGGCAAGGAGUACGCGUGCAAGACGAUCGCGAAGAAGAAAUUAAUCUCCGCGGAGGACGUGGCGGACGUGAAGCGCGAAGUCGCGAUCAUGCACCACCUGGCGGGUCACAAGAACAUCGUGUGCAUUAAAGGGGCGUACGAAGACGCGUACGCGGUUCACAUCGUCAUGGAGCUCUGCUCGGGAGGGGAACUUUUUGACCGGAUCAUCAAACGAGGGUAUUUCAGCGAGCGUCAGGCUGCUACGUCCAUUCGCACUAUAGCGCGAAUAGUGGAGGCGUGCCACUCGCUUGGCGUGGUGCACCGCGACUUAAAGCCCGAAAACUUCCUGCUGGCAGACCGGACGGAGAAUGCCGACCUAAAGGCCACAGACUUCGGCCUCUCCACCUUCUUCAAACCAGGCGAGCCCCUAUCGGACGUGGUGGGCAGCCCCUACUACGUGGCGCCGGAGGUGCUGCGACGGCGCUACAGCAAGGAGGCGGACAUCUGGAGCAUGGGGGUCAUCCUCUAUAUCCUGCUCUCGGGCGUGCCGCCGUUCUGGGCAGAGACGGAGCAGGGCAUCUUUGAGGCGGUGCUGCGGGGCCACUUGGACUUCACCAAGCAGCCGUGGCCUUCCAUCUCCACGGACGCCAAGGACCUCAUCCGCCGCAUGUGCUGCCUCGACCCCGCCCGCCGCCUCACCGCCUACCAAGUGCUCUGCCACCCGUGGGUUGCCCAGGACGGAGUGGCCCCUGACCGGCCUCUGGACGCGGGUGUCCUAUCUCGCCUCAAGCAAUUCUCGGCAAUGAACAAGCUCAAGAAGAUGGCGCUCAGAGUAAUCGCAGAAUCGUUGUCAGAAGAGGAGAUCUCGGGUCUGAAGCAGACGUUUGAGAUGAUGGACACGGACAGGAGCGGCACCAUCACCUUUGAGGAGCUCAAGGCAGGGCUGCAGCGCAUCGGAUCGAACAUGCAGGACAGCGAGGUGCAGGAGCUGAUGGACGCGGCUGACUUCGACGGCAACGGCAUGAUAGACUAUGGGGAGUUCUUAGCGGCCACGAUGCAUCUGAACAAGAUAGAGCGCGAAGAGACGCUGUUUGCCGCCUUCUCGCAUUUCGACAAGGACAGCUCGGGAUUCAUUACAGUGGACGAGCUGCAGCAUGCUUGCAGGGAGUACAGCAUCGAUGAGGACUGUAUCGUGGAAACAAUGCGAGACGUCGACACUAACAAUGAUGGGCAGAUUGACUACAACGAAUUCGUGACAAUGAUGAGGGCUGGCAACGGUGGUAUCGGGCGGAAAAGCCUGGGGGGUAGCUGGACCAGCGGCAAGCUGCUGAGAGACCUGGUGGAAGCGGCACGGCAGCAGCAGCAGCAGCAGCAGCAGCAGCAACAGCAGCAGCAACAACCAGAACCCAUGGUGUCUUGACUUGAGUCGUGCGAUGCGACUUGUGACAUGCCUGCUGGGCUGCUGUAAUGACUGACGGGUAGAUGACAGGGCGAGGGGAAAGCAGCCUAUUGUAGCAUAUUGACAGAAGCAAGUAGGUGUGCGUGAAAGUAGCUCGCAGGGGUGCGAACUCGGGAGGAAAGGAAGCAUCAUUGGGGUUUGAGCAUGAGUUUGUCUUCAGCGAUGGUGCAAGGUGUUUGUAUUAUAUCAUAUGCUAUUCGAUGCGAAGUGUGAUGUGAUAUAAUGUGCAGAAAUGUCGUCAUGGCGUUGGUAUCUUCAGUAUGGACCUUUUUUUAUUUGAGUAUCAAUUAAGGUCUUAAUUGUAG